AUGCAAUCAAAUAAAUCAGUCAGUCAGGUAUUGGACGCUCUUCUUCCCCACCUUAUUGACGCAGAUGAUGAUUUUUUUGGGGGUCUCAAGGUUCGAGAUAUUCUUGAGAACAUCACCGGGAAUCUCCAUGAUGUUAACUCAUUGCAGUACCAUCUCAACAAUGGAUACCGUAAUGAUAAAUCCGUAGAAGCCGAUCCAAAUGAUGGACGGGAGUCGACUUAUUCGGAUGGUGCCGAUAUACACAAUGCAGGUGUAGACAUCUGUAGCUAUGGUCCAGCUACUUGUAAGGUCGAGAUGGAAAAUGAGGAACUCAUUGAUGCAUUUACGGGGAACACAAAUAUGUCAUCUAUAAGAUUUUGUGAUGUGAUAAAUCGAGACCCAAAUAAUCUAGAAAAGAUUUUUACCCCAGCCAAAUUUGGAGAGAAAGAUGGCUUGUGUACAGACCCAGAGGGAAGUGAAGUGGAUGAGAGCGUUGAUCGGUCUACUAGGCCUCGUCGAAUGCCAAAUGAGAGCAAUUUCAAUGCUUUGGUAGAGGAAGGAGGUCCCAAAGAGAGAGCCAUUUCUUUAACGAAGGAAAAUACGGACACCUUGCAACCAUCACCCGAGGCGCAUGGGGAGGUGGCGGGACAUGUGCGGACGAGGUUGAGACUUGCCGCCAAGCUUAUGGGGGUGAGGGCACGACAAUGCAAAGUAGCCAAAAAAUGUCCUCCAGUGACUUUUGCCCUCGCAAAGGAGGUGGAACGGCUCACCGAGAGAUCGAAGCUUCGUCGUCAAAUGCACGAAAAGAGCCAGCACUCUGAGUGGCUGCAGGAGACUGAGGUGUACGAAAAAUUGGUCAAUGCCGUUGAGCAAUAUCGACAACUGCAGGCCCGUGAUACUGAACGUUCACCGAUAGAAGGUGAUUCUGCACAUUUUUCGAGUAAAAUUACUGAAUGGAAAAUUAGCAAAAUGACUGGAAAGUAUACUUGUGAGAUUUAA